UAAUGUAUGUAGUAGUUGAUUAAUUGUAGUUGUACCAUAAACCACAAAUCACAGUUGUAAUACUGUGGUUAUUGUCGAAUUCGAUAUUCUAAUAAACAUAAUACUGAUUUAUAUGUCUUAAACACCGUCAAAAGGAAUUUGGAAAGAUGGAUCUAGAUAUGCGGAUGGAUCAUUUGCUAUCACAUUUUAUUGUUGAAGUAGAAGCACCUCAGGGAAAUGUUUUUGAAAAGUUCUAUCAGUUGUAUACCAGGUCGGACAUGGAGCCGAUAAAUUAUUGGCUAAAAAUACAUUUUGAUAAUAAAAUAAAAAAAGACGACUACGCGGCUAAUUUGUAUAGGAAAGAAGGAAACCAUUGGUUUUCUAAAAAGCAAUAUUUGAAGAGUAUGGAAUUUUAUACGAAAAGCUUAUGCUAUGCCAUGCCGAACUGGACUUAUUUUGCUCUUGCUUUGGCCAACAGAUCCGCUGUCUUAUACGAAAUGAAAAAUUACGAGUUAUGUUUGAAGGAUUUGGAUCGCUGUUUUCUCUUGCAGCGUGGGAUAGCGAGUGUAAAGCCAAAAUUAUACAUGAGGAGAAUCAGAUGUUAUUUUUGGACCGGACAAGUCGAGAAGUGGAAGGAGUGCAUCGCGGAGGCUUAUGAGUAUUUAACGACUGCAAAUAUUCUGGAAAGAGAAAAAUACUUAAAAAUAUUACAGAAGUUGAAGGAUGAACAGAUAAAAAAACCCGAGGAUUUUGAACCUGUAAACACAUACGAACUUCCGGAAUUGGAAGAUGGAGAAAACGAACAAUUCGCACACGCGUCCUCCAAAAUCAAAAUGAGUUAUGAUGCCGAACGCGGGAGACAUGUGGUCGCACGGAAGCAGAUCCAUAAGGGUGAUGUUCUUUUUGUCGAGAAAGCAUUCAUUUUCGCCUUUAUCUUUAGAAACAAGUGGGAUCUGUAUCCCGAUAAAUGUUACAAUUGUCUGAGGGAUGUCGUAACUUGCAUUCCGUGCAGGGAUUGCCCGUCGUGCUUCUAUUGCGACGAUCAUUGCAGAUUGGAGUCUGACUGGAACAGAUGCCACAGAUUCGAGUGCCCUGGGAUGCAGGCCGGAAUCUGGCAAGACCUGGGAAUAGCCCUCCCCGCUUUAAGGGCCUUGGUGAGGGGUCUUCGGACCGGUUUGGAUAGGACUAUUAGUACCCCCGAGGAGGACUUGAAGAAUUUUGGCAGCCGCACGGACAACUAUCGCUAUUUCAAUAAUCUUGUGUCACAUUUGGAUGGAAACAAACACCUUAUGUCGUACUUGCUGUGGGCUCUGGUCGUGGUGAAAUACUUGGAAGACUACACCCAAUUCUUCCAGUGGCACUUGACGAGGGAAAAUUGUCCGGUAAAGGAUAAGGACAGCUUCAUUAAGUUAGUUGGCGGUCAGCUCGUGAAGCACAUGGCACAGCUCACUUAUAACGCCAGCGUCAUUGAACAUUGGUCGUUCGUUCCGAAAGAGAUAGAUUCAGAAUCUACGGAACAUUUUUCAGACUGUUUGAGAGACUGCUUUAUCCCGGAUAGUGUCGGAUCUGUAGCCAGUGGAAUUUUCCCAUCCGUCAGCAUGAUGAACCACUCUUGUCGCCCGAAUGUGACGAAUUUUUUCAUCCGCGAUAGGAUUGUCGUCAAGGCCCUGGAGGACAUCCCCGAGGGCGGAGAAAUACUUAAUUGUUACGGUAUCGACUACAGAGCGCUCGACAGGAAUCAGCGACAGAUUGCUUGUCUGGAGACGUACCGUUUCGUUUGUAAAUGUGAAAUUUGCGAGGAUCCUUUGAAAGAAAUCGGCGACUUGGAUAGUUUUAAGUGCACCAAGUGCCAAGGGGCGUUACCGAAAGUACCCGAGAGUGAAUCCUUGACUCCUUGCGAUUCUUGCCAUAUAACGUUCUUCACGGAAUGCCUUAGAAUUGCCAGAAUAAAGGCUCAAAGACAUUUUAAUUUGGCUCAAGAGGAUGCGGCUAACAGGCUGAAUUGGUUGAUGAGGUGUCUGAAGCUCAGGGAUAAAGUUUUAUAUAAAAAUCACGAGGAAAUGGAGGAACUUUAUUUGGCGUUUUUCAAGUACUUCCUGGAAAAUGAUGAUCCCCUCAAUACAUGUAAGUAUUUCCGUUUGUGGCUGGACAUCCAGAAGGCAUGGAAAGGGGAGAAUUCCCGGACGGUCGGCGUGAAAUUGUUCGAGACCGCUUUGGCCGUCCUCGUUUGCUGUAUAAAAACCCAUCCCAGGAACCUCGGCAGUUUAAAAACUGUGCUUCCAGACGUAGAACGCAUGAUUAUAGACGCCAAAGCAAUAUUAAGUUUGUACUAUCCAGAUUAUAUAAUACGUGGAUUGAUGAAUGGCGUGGAUGCUAUAAGUAAAAAAAUGCCGUAGGGGUCUAAGUAAAAAUAGAUUUAUUGCUGUGAAGUUUAUAUUUAUAAUUACGUACAAUUUUAUUUUUCGUAUUUUAAUAGAAUUUUCAAAUUGCCUGUGGUUCUUAAUUCAUAUUAAAUGUUCUAACCUCAUCCAACGGCUCGAGAAAAAACAGUUUUUAAAUUUUGUAAUUUCUUAAAAUCCUUGGCUUUUAAAGGUUUCCUUUUUUCGUAGAAAUUUAAAAAAUAUAGCUUUUCACGGAGGACUAAAUUGUGCUUUCAAGUCACACAUUUUUCUAUUCAUUAUUUUUGCCUGAAUUUUGUUACCGAGGGUUUUUGUGUCGCUGAUUACGAAUCUGAAUUGCCAAUCCGAAGAUUCCUGAAUAAAAGAUGGUGGAUGUAAAAAUCGGAAAGGCAUUUAAAAUUUGAAAAUUUUGGAUGAAACUUGUUACUCGGUGAUUUUCAAAGUCGCUAAUCACUGAUAUAAGGUUUUAGUUAGGAAACUCUUAAAAUAGAAAAUCAGAAAUUAGUAUUUACCACCCCAAAGAAAUGUGUUAUGAAUCUUUAAAAAUUUGAGUUAAUUGAGUAAAAAUGGGCAAAUGGUUCCAAAUAUGCAUUUUUUGAGGACUUUCUAGGAUAAAAAAUAUGGAUCAUUUGUUUUCUACUUAUUGUGUUGAUAGCUUGAACAUCCGUAAAUAGGAACAAUCUGUAUAUAUAAAAUAAAAUUAAAUAAAUGGAUUUUAAAGUACGCAUCUAGUGAAGUUUGUUCCUUUAUGGUACAGAAACGCGUCAAAAGAGGCGCUCAUGUAAC